AAACUCCCCGGCCUGCCGCCGUACUCCAUCCUCUAGUCGAGUUGUGCGCCGCCCUUCUCCAUCGUCGCCGUCCCGCCGCCGCCGCCCUCUCCGUCGUCCUCGCCGACACGCGGCCCUCUUCCAUACUCUCCGUCCUCGCCGGCUCGCGCGGUCCCGCGCCUGCCUCCAGUUCCUCCCCUCGAGGGAAGGUGGCGGCGCCCGAGCCCCGAGAGAGCUUCUCCGAGCGGGCUUAGGCCCGCCGGCGCCGAGUUCUCCUCUGGAUUUUUGUGUGCCUGAGUUGUUCCUGGAAGCACACUCCCAAUUGAAGCGUGAUCAAAUAAAGUUGUUCCAAACAGGGCCCUCGGCUCCGGUAUGGGUGUUUAGAUUGUGGCUCUAGGCGUGGAGUUUCAACAAUGGCAAUCGAGUGCCUCGUGCUAGGGGCGGGGCAGGAGGUGGGGAAAAGCUGCGUGGUGGUGACCAUCGGCGGGAAGCGCGUCAUGUUCGACUGCGGCAUGCACAUGGGCUACCACGACCACCGCCACUACCCGGACUUUGCGCGCGCGCUCGCUGCCUGGGGAGCGCCCGACUUCACCACCGCCAUCUCCUGCGUCGUCAUCACGCAUUUCCACUUGGAUCAUAUCGGGGCGCUGCCCUACUUCACUGAGAUCUGCGGGUACCACGGCCCCAUCUACAUGACGUAUCCUACAAAGGCUUUAGCUCCAUUUAUGCUCGAGGACUAUCGGAAAGUAACGAUGGAUCAGAGAGGGGAGGAAGAGCAAUAUAGCUAUGAAGAUAUUCUUAGGUGUAUGAAGAAAGUCAUACCAAUGGACUUGAAGCAGACUAUUCAAGUAGAUAAAGACCUAGUGAUCCGUGCCUAUUAUGCUGGACAUGUUAUAGGGGCUGCCAUGAUUUAUGCAAAAGUUGGGGAUGCUGCUAUGGUUUACACCGGGGAUUACAAUAUGACACCAGAUAGACAUCUUGGGGCCGCACAAAUUGAUCACCUGAAGUUGGAUCUCUUGAUAACAGAAUCAACAUAUGCUAAAACUAUACGUGACUCAAAGCAUGCCCGAGAGAGGGAGUUCUUAAAAGCGGUACAUAAAUGUGUUUCUGGUGGAGGUAAAGUUCUAAUUCCAACGUUUGCUCUGGGAAGAGCUCAGGAACUAUGCAUGUUACUGGAUGACUAUUGGGAGAGGAUGGACUUGAAAGUUCCUAUUUAUUUUUCAGCUGGUUUAACCAUUCAAGCUAACGUGUACUACAAAAUGUUGAUCGGAUGGACUAGCCAAAAGAUCAAGGACAGCCAUGCAGUGCAUAACCCCUUUGACUUCAAGCAUGUUUGCCACUUUGAGCGUUCCUUCAUUAACAACCCUGGUCCCUGUGUACUUUUUGCAACACCUGGUAUGAUUAGUGGGGGAUUUUCUCUUGAGGCGUUUAAGAAAUGGGCACCAUCAGAGAAGAAUCUGAUUACACUUCCCGGAUAUUGUGUUUCUGGAACCAUUGGUCAUAAGUUAAUGUGUGGGAAACCUACAAGGAUUGAUUACAAGGACAUUCAUAUUGAUGUCAGAUGUCAGAUUCAUCAGCUAGCAUUCAGUCCUCAUACAGACUCCAAAGGGAUUAUGGAUCUGACAGAAUUCCUGUCACCCAAACAUGUAAUUCUCGUUCAUGGUGAAAAGCCUCAGAUGGCUUUUCUGAAGGAGAGGAUCGAAUCUGAAUUGGGGAUGCCUUGCUAUUACCCAGGGAAUAAUGAAUCCGUCUCCAUUCCGACAACCCAGAACCUUAAAAUGAGUGCCACAGAAAGGUUCAUUACAAGCUGUGCUGUGGAGCAAGGUAAACGUAGCCUGCACAAGCGGAACCUGAUUUGUGGUACAGGUUUGUCAGAAGUGAUUGGCAGCGAUGAGGAGGCGGCGGAGGGCAUUCUUCUGAUGGAGAAACACAAGUCUCCGAAAAUUCUUUGUGAGGAUGAGCUCCUUGAAGUGCUGGGCAUGGAGCAGCAUCUUGUCCAGUUUGAACCAAUGGUCUCCAGAAUUGUAGCUGAUGUUGAAUCGGAGUUGCAGCGGGCUAAGGCAGCGGAUUUAGAUAGCGAUGGGAAAUGAAUGCAACAGUAUAAGUGUACAUUGCCAUAAUUUGGCCCAUUAUUAUUUCACCUUUCUUUCCCGACAAUGCGGGGAAUGCCAUA